AUGGCCGUCGACAAUAACGUCGUCCUUUGGCAGUUUUUCCUUUUCGAUACCGAUCUCCUUCAUGUCGAAUCUUCCGAAUGUGAACACUUCGCCAGAGGAAGACAAUGCCAAAGAGUGAUGUUCUCCUCCGGUGAUGUAGAUGAUGUCCUUACCGGUCAAGUCUUCGAUCUCUGUUGGCUUGGACACAACAGCUCCGUCUUCGAUGUCGACCUUGAUACCACACUGGCCGUACUGGUUGAGUCCCCAACUCAACACUUUGCCGUCAACGGUGAUGGCAAACGAGUGGAACUCUCCAGAUCCAACAAACUUAACGUUCUUCAAGCCAAAUGA